GGCUUCCCUUCUCUGAAGGAGGUGUGGAACGGCCCAACUCGACACAAGCUUAAUUCGACUGAAUGGGUCAACCCCGCAUUGCACCCCAUAAACGAGCUUUAGCUGUAGCCUUUAUCUGGAGCCAAUAGAAAAUAAGUUAAUAUAAAGGCAAGGGAUUUUAAAACUAGUAAGUACUGGAGAGGGCUUUUGUUUUUUUACAUGUUAUUCUGAAUGACAGUUUCCCAAAUAAACAGGGAAAAUUGCAUGUUUUAGCUGUGUCAGGGAGGGCCGUGGAAAGAUAAGACAGCGGGAUAUGAUGACUGAGAAAGAGUCGGCAACAGACAACAUAAUAGCAGAUGCAAUGGCAACUCCGUCCCCGGCUAAGAGUAUGGGUGACCCUGGCAUCACCCCGCUGUCCCCCUCACACAUUCAGCAAAAUGACACAGACCCAGAUGCCCAUACCGGGCCCUCCUUCGUGGUGGUGGUUGCUAUCGACUUUGGCACCACAUCCAGCGGCUAUGCUUAUGCCUUCACCAACGAGCCAGAGUGUAUUCACACCAUGAGACGCUGGGAAGGCGGUGACCCAGGUGUGUCCAAUCAGAAGACCCCUACCACCAUCCUGCUGACCCCGGACAGGAAGUUCCACAGUUUUGGCUAUGCAGCACGUGACACCUAUCAUGACCUGGACCCCAUCGAGUCCAAGCAAUGGCUCUACCUAGAGAAGUUCAAAAUGAAACUUCACACCACUGCAAAUCUCUCCAUCGACACAGACCUCCAUGCAGCAAAUGGGAAGAGAGUAAAAGCUCUGGAUAUAUUUGCGUAUGCCCUGGCGUUCUUCAAGGAGCAGGCCCUAAAGGAGUUGAGUGACCAGUCGGGCGGAGAGUUUGACAACAAUGACGUGAGAUGGGUCAUCACUGUCCCAGCCAUCUGGAAGAUGCCAGCUAAGCAGUUCAUGAGAGAGGCUGCCUACAAGUCUGGUCUGGUCUCCCGUGAAAACCCAGAGCAGCUGAUCAUUGCCCUUGAGCCAGAGGCAGCAUCAAUCUACUGCCGCAAACUCCGCCUUCACCAGAUGGUUGACAUCAGCUCUCGGACAACCCAGAAUGGCUUCAGCCCCACUGAAAAUGUGGGGGCGGCAAUGACCCAGGCCAAGGAGCAUGGCCGGCGCAACCGACAGAGCCGCACGUUUUUGGUGGAAAAUGUCAUAGGGGAGCUAUGGUCGGAGCUGGAAGAAGGUGACCGCUACGUUGUGGUAGACUGUGGCGGGGGCACGGUCGACCUCACGGUCCAUCAGAUUCGUCUGCCUGAGGGACACCUCAAGGAGCUGUACAAGGCCUCAGGUGGUCCUUAUGGCUCCAUCGGUAUUGAUUAUGAGUUUGAGAAGCUCCUGUGUAAGAUCUUUGGUCAGGAUUUUAUCGACCAGUUCAAGAUCAAGCGACCAGCCGCCUGGGUGGAUCUGAUGAUCGCUUUUGAGUCCCGGAAGCGGGCAGCAGCCCCUGACCGGACCAACCCCCUGAACAUCAACCUGCCCUUCUCCUUCAUCGACUACUACAAGAAGUUCAGAGGGCACAGUGUGGAGCAUGCCCUGCGCAAGAGCAAUGUGGACUUUGUCAAGUGGUCCUCUCAAGGCAUGCUCAGGAUGAACCCUGACGCCAUGAACUCACUCUUCAAGCCGACCAUUGACCAUAUCAUUCAGCACCUCACUGAGCUCUUUGAUAAGCCAGAGGUGUGCCACAUCAAGUUCCUCUUCUUGGUAGGCGGCUUCGCUGAGUCGCCCCUCCUCCAGCAGGCGGUCCAGAACAUGUUGCAGGGCCGCAGCCGCAUCAUCAUCCCACAUGACGUGGGUCUGACCAUCCUCAAGGGUGCCGUCCUCUUCGGCCUGGACCCUGGGGUCAUCAAAGUGCGCCGCUCGCCCCUCACCUACGGUGUGGGCGUCCUCAACCGCUUUGUGGAGGGCAAGCACCCGCCGGAAAAGAUGCUGGUGAAGGACGGCACCCGCUGGUGCACCGACGUCUUUGACACCUUCAUUGCCGCCGACCAGUCGGUGGCGCUGGGCGAAACGGUGAAGCGCAGCUACACGCCGGCCAAGCCGUCCCAGCAGGUCAUUGUCAUCCACGUCUACUGCUCGGAGAAGGAAAAAGUGGGCUUCAUCAGCGAGCCGGGGGUGAGGAAGUGCGGCACGCUGCGACUAGACGUGAGCGGGACGGAGAGCCCCGUCGCCCGGCGUGAGAUCCAGACGCUCAUGCAGUUCGGGGACACGGAAAUCCGGGCCAUGGCUGUGGACGUAGCCACGUCGCGUACCGUUAAGGCUAGCAUCGACUUCCUCAGUCAGUAGACAGGGGGCGCCAGAGAGCUGUUAUAAAGGGGUCAGAGGUCAUAGGGAAAUAGAAACCUGCAAGCACAGCACACACACAACGGACUGGGCACAGUUGCUGAAAUGCAGUAGGUAGCAGGCCUGAGAACAUGGCCUACCUUGACUCUAAUCUAUUAUUGGAAAAGCGCCACAUUAUUCAGAUUCAGACUAGAUGAUUCAGAUAUGCUACAUGACGUACUAACCUGCUCUAUGCUAGUUGUGUUAUUGAUACAGCAUGGCAGUCCUGUGUUAUGUCCAUUGUGUGUGUUAGCUAACUAUGGUUGUGUGGUAAAGCUGUAGCUUUGUUAAAAAGCAGGAAGUUUACACAGAAGUUUUCCAGCUUUCCAACUCACAGCUUCAUUACACAGCACUACAGUAUAUCAGUGUCCUCUCCAAUCCUGGCUCAUCAGAGGACACUUUCCUAAAUGUUGGGAAUCAUUUAAACUACAGAAAAUGUUUGAAAAAUUCUGCAUUCAGAAACUCUCCUACCCAUAUAGCCACACCUUUGCCGUGUCAGGGUUUGAGUGCAUCUGAAAGGAAGUGUUUUUCUUCUACGACACCAAUUUGGUUAUUGACAGUAAACUAUACUGGACAGCUUUCAAAUUUGUAUUUACCUUAUUUCCCCUCACUCCUUAUGACAAAAGACAUCAUAGAAGGGAAGAAUUAUAUCUUACAAAACAAACUUGGUGCAUACGCUUCAGAAUAUAUGAGAAUUCUGUUCAUUGUGAUUACAUUAAAGCAGAACGUCCGAUAUUGUUGAUAUCAGUUUAAGGAAUUUGGCUGAUUGCUACAUGUAAAUUUCAGUUCAAAAAGGGAAUGACUAACACUAUUUACACAUCAGGCUUAAAUAACAAGUCUUUACAAUAUAUAAUUCCUCACCAAUAUAGAUUUAAACAAUUCACUCUACCUGUUUGUUCCACAGCGGAAUGUGAAUCCUAGAAUGUGAAGGUUUACUGAGGAGUCUUGACAGAUUGCAGAGAACAUGCUGCUAGCUGAAUCAGAAAGCUCAUUUUUAAUGUAGCCACUGCAAUGCGCUUAAUUGUUGCCUUCUUUGUUAAUGUUACUUAAAACAACCGAGGACAAAAAGCCACAGAAUCUUUCCGCUUUAAACAUGCCAAUUCCAUUAGAUUGCUGUGCACAAAAAGUACAGGUUCUUUGGGAAAGAUGAAAUGAAAAAUAUGUUUAUUUCUGUAAAUACAGUAUUUAAAUAUUGUACAGAUUUUUAGCGUUAUUGUUUGAGCAGCUUCAAAGCAGUGUGUGGGCUGUCACAUCAACAACUUUUUCCAUUCUUCUCACCAGCAUGAGAGUUUGAGGCAGAUGUUCAGUGGUGCAUUCACUAUGUGUGAGAUUUUGCCCAAUGACUGUAAAAUAACAGAAUGAAAAAUCUUUGUCCCAAAUAUCUUGCUAUUUAAUUAGGUUAAAAGAUACUGAAGCAUGGUUUUGGCUAAUGUCUGGAUUUGCUUAGUAACUAUCAAUUUAUGUAAUGGAGAACCUUAGGAGUAUUGAUUCUAAUAACUAAUUUGGAAUCCACAGUGUUAUUUAGAAUUGGUCCGGCUUUUGAGAAAUGUAUCAUUCUUCAAAAGCCCAAAAGUAAUACAUUUUCAUCAAAGCUGACAGUUCCAAAGCCUAUCCCUUCCUCUUCUUAACGCAAUAACUAUUUGUGAACUAUUGUUUUUAUGUUAAUUUAGCAACAUUCCCUACUUUGGGUACAACCAAUGAAGAUUCUGCCAUACAAUGUUCAACCCUAAUGGAGAAUGAUCCAUUGCAAUUGCAAUGACACCUUUUUAUCUUCGAUAUAAUAGAAAGUGGCAUGUAAGUAAUUUUGUUAAGUAAAUGAGUGCCUAAUAUAAGAUGUCAAAAGGAUUAACCUCAGGUCAUGACCAGAAAAAAUAAUGCAUCUUUUAUGGUGGUCAAAGAAAGGCAAAUAGCUAGUAUCUUCUUAACAGAAUAUUGAAUUUAAAUCAGUUUACUGUUCCGCAUUGUUUGUACGGUUUUGGUGUACUCUGAGUGGUUGAAAUGGGCUACGAUGAUUAAAUGAGGCCAUUGACAGUUACUCUAGCAUCACCUCACUACAAUUGUCAGUUUAAGAAUUGCGCUAGCUUCAGUACCUUACACUUGUCUUCCACACUCUCCUGCAAUGCAUGUUUUGCAUGUGGAACUUUGGAACUGUUAAAAUAAUUUGUGCUCACCACACCUUCUUUUGCUCUUAAAUUAUGAAGUUUGAAGUUAACAUUGAUGAUGAUGUUAUAUAAGUCUGGUCUCACUGCUACCAUGACCAAUCAUUUGCUGCUGCAUGAGUCAGUGCACUCCAGAGAGGGUUGUCCGUUUUUUUCUUCUCAAGGUCGCCCCCUUCAAGCAGAUAUGCUCUGUAUAGACCUAAGAGGACUUCAUUUGCUAGUGUAAUAGUAUGUGUGAACUUAAUCCUUAGCAAACAAGUUAAUCUUGCUGGAUUAGAUCACUGGGCUCAUGCAAAGACUGUAAACAUCUGUAUCUUGCUCAACUGAAACCUUAAACAGUCCCGUUCUGUCCUCACUAAUGCUUUACAAUCUUCCCCCUAACCUCUGCCUCUCACCUUCAUAGACUGGUUAAUCGAUGAAUGUUAACUCUGAAGAAUAAUUAGAAAACUGCAAUGUUUUACCUUUUAAUGUAUGAUCCUUUGAAUAAAUACUGUGUAUUUUGUUCAGCCUCCACUACUAUAUAAUGCACAAUAUUCUAUGUAGCUGCUUAAUCUUUAAAGCUAUGUUGAAAUUGUAUGAAGACAUGUUUAGCUAAAGUGAGCAGUAUUCAGUUAUCAAGGCAGCAUCCUAACCCUAACCAGGGAGCUAAUAUGUCCAAAAAGCUACAAUGUUACAAUGUUAGUUCACCUAAAGUUGAAUUAAUUGGUGUACUGAGACACUGGUCUAGCUAGCUUUUGAAUACUAAAACUAAAAGUGCUUUUCUCUUAAUCUAGAAUAUGUAGUAGAAGCAGAUAUAACUAAUUUGAAGCUAAUUUAGUUUCUGUUUGUGGUAAUAAAAAAAUGUGACUUCACCUCCCUGCCAAACUUGCCACCAUCAAAACCUUUUCACAAACCGCACAUCCUUCUUUUAAUUUUUUUGUUGAUGCACAAUGUCCUUUUUCUACUUUACGGAGUUACAUAUUUAGUGUUGUGCUCAUGCAAUUACUUUAAUCAAUGCCAAGUAUUCACAGUCAAACUGUCAUCCAAUAAAAUGUAUGUGUCUUUCAAUGG